UUGUUUCCGAAAAGUGAACGUUUCACGAGUCAACAGCAACGUCUUUCGAGAAGUUCUAGGCGCUGUUUGCGACAUUUUUCAUUCUUUUAUCCGUCAUCCAAUGUUUAAUGUGAUGAAAUAACACGUCGGUUAGCGUAUAUUUACGAUAUUAGUGUUCAUAGUCGUAAUUAAGUAAUCGCUAGAUUACUCUGUAAGCUAAUAUGGGCGACGAAAGCCACCCGAAAACUCUCUACGUCGGUAAUUUAGACGCGAGUGUGACAGAAGAAUUCCUAUGCGCGUUAUUUGGACAAAUUGGCGAGGUAAAAGGCUGUAAGAUAAUCCGUGAGCCUGGUAAUGAUCCAUAUGCGUUUCUCGAGUUCACAAAUCACUCGGCGGCGGCUACGGCCCUGGCCGCCAUGAACAAGCGAGUGUUUCUCGACAAGGAAAUGAAGGUUAACUGGGCUACGAGUCCUGGCAAUCAGCCGAAGACGGACACUAGCAAUCAUCACCACAUAUUCGUUGGGGAUUUGUCACCAGAAAUUGAGACUCACAUUCUGCGAGAGGCUUUCGCUCCAUUUGGUGAGAUAUCAAACUGCCGGAUAGUUCGCGACCCACAAACGCUCAAAUCUAAGGGGUAUGCUUUUGUAUCAUUCGUGAAAAAGGCCGACGCUGAGGCGGCUAUUCAGGCCAUGAACGGUCAAUGGUUGGGUUCGCGCUCCAUACGCACGAAUUGGUCGACUCGCAAACCGCCUACCAACAGACCUAACGAAGGUGCGCCCAGCAGCAAGCGAGCCAAACAGCCAACUUUUGAUGAAGUGUAUAACCAGAGUUCACCAACGAACACGACUGUCUACUGUGGAGGAUUCACUAGUAACGUAAUAACAGAGGAAUUAAUGCAGAACACAUUCUCUCAGUUUGGUCAGAUACAAGAUAUCAGGGUGUUCAGGGAUAAAGGCUACGCGUUUAUUAGGUUUACAACAAAAGAGGCCGCUGCGCAUGCAAUCGAAGCCACUCAUAAUACAGAAAUUAGCGGACACACAGUGAAGUGCUUCUGGGGGAAAGAGAAUGGUGGCGGUGAUAAUCAGAGUACGAACAGUGCGCCACCUGCACCGACAACUAUUGGAGCACAAACACAGUAUCCAUAUCCAUACCAGCAAGGCAUGGGGUAUUGGUAUGCCCAGGGCUACCCCGCGAUACAAGGCUACAUGGCCCCAGGGUACUAUCAGCAGUAUGCAGCCGCCUAUAGCAACCCUCAAGCUGCCGCAGCAGCCGGUUACCGCAUGAGCAUGCCGGGCGGCGCUGGCGCGGGCGGCGGCGCAGCGUGGGGCGGCGCUCCGCCCGUCAUGUACGCGUCCGCUAUGCCCUCCGCACAGUACCCGUCGCAGUAGCUGCAGCCCUACGCGCCACGCGUCCGCGCCGGCCGGGCCUGACUGACGUUGCACGCUUCCUUGGACGUACGUGAUCGGUGUAGACGGGGGUUUUAAUCGCAUGGGUAUUGUUAUGGAGCGUUUUUCAAAAAGGCUUUGUAAGAGUGCAUACGGAAUCUAUGGUCAACUCGUUCGUAUAGAUCACGUGAUCGGUGUUGACGGGGGUUUUUGGCGCGAAAAUCGCGUGGGUGUUCUUAUGGAGCAAUCUUUAAAAACUCUUCAUAAAAAUACACAAGUAAUCUAUGGUCAGCGUAUUGGUAUAGAUCACGUG